UUGUACACCAUCCUUGAACCCGCAGUUGUCAACGAGGAAGAAGCACCACAAAACCUGACGAAAUUUACAUCCAGUUGCUGCGGAGUGAACUUUUGCCAACAGAAAAGUGUCCGUAAUUCGCACGCAAUCAGCGAAACUUGUAGCGCAAACCCGUCAUGGCAACCCUCAGCACACGAAAUCUGUCGAAAUUCGCCUCGCUCGUGCCGGCCCUUUCGAGAAUCGUCCUCCGGCCAUCAUCGGGGACGUGUUCCGUCAGCGGACGCCGAUGGUUCUCGAGCGAAGAGGCGCCCAAAAAUACCGAAGAACUCCCGGAAAGCGAACGUAAACUGGUCGGCGAAAAUGUCGAGCUGAAGAAGGAGCUGGAGGCGGUCACCGCCAAGACGAAGGAACUUGACGAUAAAUACAAGCGCGCACUGGCCGACGGAGAAAACCUGCGGAGGCGGCUCACCAAGCAAAUCGAGGACGCAAAACUGUUUGGCAUCCAGGGCUUCUGCAAGGAUCUGCUAGAGGUGGCCGAUAUUCUGGGACACGCGACGGAAGCCGUUCCGAAAGAGGAGAUUUCCGACAGCAACCCGCACCUGAAGAACCUGUACGAGGGUCUGACGAUGACCAAGGCGCAGCUGAACCAGGUCUUCAAACGGCACGGCCUGGAACAGGUCAACCCGUUGAACGAAAAGUUUAACCCAAAUCUCCACGAGGCACUGUUUCAGCAGGAGGUGCAAAACGUCGAACCCAACACGGUGGUCGUGGUUAGCAAAAUCGGGUACAAAUUACACGAGCGUUGCAUACGACCAGCCCUAGUGGGAGUUUCAAAGGGAUAAAUUAACGCUGAACAGCAGAAUUGGUGUGCGCACAUUUGCCGAGAACAACGCGGAGGGCGAUUAGAGUUAGAACCGUUAUUCACUAGAUCAGCAGCACCGGCACCGUCGUCGUUAGCAAGCAUCGCAAAUCAUUCCAAGUCCGUUGCUGGUCUGCAAAGAAGCAGCAGGGUGGAGAGCCGAAAUCACACGAAUAUGAUUGCAUUUGUGAUUAGAUCGAAUCAUAUCCAUUGUUUUCGGAGAGGCUCUUCGGAUUAGUAUUCUUUUCGUUGCAAUGGACCUGGAGUGACUUAAUUCCAGUGACAAACUGUUACUUUUUUUUAGAGCUGGAACUACCCUCGAUCGUAACGCCGACGAUAGUGGUCGAAUGUGUUGAGAUGUGAAGAGCAAAACAUAAUAAGUUAAACUAA